CCUCCGGUUCUCUCCACACUUGUUGAAUAACGUCUAUUCUCCGGCUCUCUGGUCCUCCUCCCGGUUCCUCGCGUCUUUUCCAACCGGGUCCUGCACGCGCUCGCUCCGGCUGCACGUCCGAGCGCGUCGACUGGAAGAAUAACAUCCGUUCCGGAGAUUUCCUGUCGCCGCGCGCAUCAUUAUUUAUCGGAUCGAUAAUUCAUCUUUUAUUCAUUCGGCUUCCCUAAGGGGGAGUUCGGGGGAGGGAGGAGGAGGAGGAGGAGGAGGAAGAGGAGGAGGAAGAGGAAGAGGAGGAAGAGGAAGAGGAAGAGGAGGGGGCGCACCAAGCACGCACGGGUUGCAGCGCCGCUGGGUGGCACCGCUGUCUCCGGCGGAGGGGACUCUGAUCUCGGCGUGGUGGACGUCGGCGACGUUGAAAAGGUCCCCCCUCCACCCCCACUCCACCCCUCACGUCACCGCCUCUCCUGGAACUCCCACUCGGUGUUUCACGGAAGGUGGACAGUCGAUUCAUAUCCCAGGAGCAGCUCCGGCCUGAGAGACGCCGGGGAGCUGCGGGUUGACACGCCGGACGCAGCACCCUCUCCGACGGGCAGCACCGCUGCGUCCAGCCGGUGGCGAUGACCCUCCACCGGGGGUCGGAUAACUAAAGGACCUCGUUUGAAUCACAAAGUCGUGACCCGGUUUCCUACUCUGCAUUUUUUAUAUCUGGAUUAUUAGCUGCUGAGGCGGGAGGCUCUCACAACACACGCCGAGCACGGCGCCCUGUGGCCGGGGCUGCUGCGCCGCCGUCCCCGGUGGGGGGGUGUCUCUCUGCCGGGGGAUUUUCUAGAGAUCCGGGCUCUUUUUUCUGUGUGCACCACAACAGAAACCCAAGUCCUCCCUCGUGUGGUCGGACAUGGCGGACCAGGACGCCGCGGACUGCCGGACUGCGAGCCCCCUGACCGGGAAGAAGAGGGCGCAGCAGUCCCCCGGUCUCCGGCCCAAGUGCCAGGGCUCCGCCCCGGGGCACUGCCUCCGGAGGGUGACCCUCACCAAGCCCACCUUCUGCCACAGCUGCAGCGACUUCAUCUGGGGGCUCGUCGGCUUCCUGUGUGAAGUGUGCAACUUCAUGUGUCACGAGAAAUGCCUGAAGACGCUGCGUUGGCCUUGUUCCUGCAUGACCCCGGCUGCUGUCCGGGUUCCCGUGGCUCACUGCUUCGGCCCCGCCGGCCAGAAGAAACGUUUCUGCUGCGUCUGCAGGAAACCGACGGAGGGCAACGCGGCGCUGCGCUGCGAAGUGUGUGAGCUGCAUGUCCAUGCUGACUGUGCCGUCUUCAGCUGUGCAGACUGUCGCAGUUCUCACCUGGACGGGACUCUGGAGCAGGAUACGUUUCACCACCACUGGAGGGAGGGGAACCUGGCGUCGGCGGCGAGAUGUGAUGUGUGUCGGCGAUCCUGCGGUUCUUCUGACGUCCUGGCGGGAAUAAGAUGCGAGUGGUGCGGUGUCACGAGCCACGCGGCGUGUUACCUCAGCGUGCCGCCAGAGUGCAUUCUGGGACGUCUGCGCUGCAUGAUGCUGCAUCCGGCCUGCGUUCGCCUCGAUUGCAGAAACUUCAGCAAGAUGCACAACUACCGUAUCACGGAGAGCUGGGGCCAGGACCUGGAUAACUCGGAUGAUGUCGAUCAGUCGGCUGCUGCGUCCAAAGAGGUUCAACCGACGGCCCCAGAGUCAGGUAAACAGCUUCUCAAGGUGUUUGAUGGUGAUGAUGCUCUGAAGCGCGACUGCUUCCGAUUGGUUUCUAUCAUGAGAGCCACAAAGAAUGAGGAAGUGGUGGAGGCGGCGCUGAGGGCCUUCUACCUCCCCGAUGAACCUCAGGACUUUGAGCUGCUGGAGCUCGGCGGCGCGCCGCGGCUCCACAGCAACGACAUCCUCAACCGCAACGGCGGCCCCGACAACCGGGGCCACGACAACCGGGGCCCCGACAACCGGGGCCACGACAACCGGGGCCCCGACAACCUGGGCCACGACAACCGGGGCCACGACAACCGGGGCCACGACAACCUGGGCCACGACAACCUGGGCCCCGACAACCGGGGCCACGACAACCGGGGCCACGACAACCGGGGCCACGACAACCGGGGCCCCGACAACCGGGGCCCCGACAACCGGGGCUCCCUGAAGGGCAGAGGGGACGCCUGGCUGCUGAGGGCCAAACCACGAGACGCCGAGGUCAUCAAGGUGUACGUGGGCCGGCCCAGGUCGGGUGCGGCUUUCAUCUCCGUCUCCGUCUCUAAGGCCAGCACGGCGGCGUCGGUCCUCACCGAGGUCCUCAGUCUGCUCCACAGACAGGAGGAAGACGCGUCCAGUUUCAGCCUCGUGGAGAUCUACAUGAGCAAUAAGCAAGUUCAGAGACAGACGCUGACUCCUCAGGAGAAGAUUCAGGACAAGCUGCAGGAGAUCAGAAAGGUGUCUGUGCGUCAGAUGAACCAGACCCGCUUCUACCUGGUGGAGAACAGGAAGCGGGCGGUGCAGGUGAGCCUGCUGAUUGGUGGUCUGACCCCCCUGCUGACCAAAGACGAGUACGUGCAGCUGAUCCAGGACCAGCUGUCCAUCAAGAGUCACCUGGUCACCGUCAGCCACGUCUACACCAGUCAAGGUGCGGUGGCGCUGCAGGUGGCGUGUUUCUCUGAAGCCGAGCGGAUCUACAUGUUGGCCAAAGACACGACCGCCAACAACAAGACGCUCACUUCGCUCGUUAUUCCAGACAUCGCACACGGCGAGCUGGGAGCCGACGUCUGCCCCCUGCUGGUGUUCGUCAACCCGAAGAGUGGCGGCAUGAAGGGCCGAGAGCUCCUCUACAGCUUCAGGAAGCUGCUGAACCCCCAUCAGGUCUUUGACAUCUCCAACGGGGGGCCGCUGGCUGGCCUCCACACCUUCCGCGAGGUUCCCAGGUUCCGGGUGCUGGUCUGCGGGGGUGACGGGACGAUGGGCUGGGUGCUGGGAGUCCUGGAGGCCGUCCGCCACAAACUGGUGUGCCGGGAGCCGCCCAUCGGCAUCGUGCCGCUGGGAACAGGGAACGACUUGGCUCGAGUCCUGCGUUGGGGAGCGGGUUUCAGCGGCGAGGACCCCCACCACAUCCUGGUCUCUGUGGACGAGGCGGACGAGGUUCUGAUGGACCGGUGGACCAUCCUGCUGGACGCCCAGGACAUCUCUGAAGACGGAAAGGACAACGGCUUCCUGGAGCCUCCCAAGAUCGUGCAGAUGAACAACUACUUCGGUCUGGGCAUCGACGCCGAGGUCAGCCUGGACUUCCACCAGGCCCGAGAGGACGACCCCGAUAAGUUCACCAGCAGGUUCCACAACAAAGGCGUGUACGUGAAGGUCGGCCUGCAGAAGAUCAGCUGCACCAGGAGUCUCCACAAAGAGCUGCAGCUGCAGGUGGACGCUCAGAACGUCCCGCUGCCUCACAUCGAGGGGCUGAUCUUCCUCAACAUCCCCAGUUGGGGUUCUGGUGCUGACCUUUGGGGGUCAGAGGUCGAUGUUCGCCACGGGAAACCGAGAAUCGAUGACGGCCUGCUGGAGGUCGUCGGGGUCACCGGCGUCGUCCACAUGGGCCAGGUGCAGAGCGGUCUGCGCUCAGGGAUUCGUAUUGCUCAAGGGAACUACAUCAGGCUGACGGUGAGCAAACCCAUACCUGUCCAGGUGGACGGAGAACCGUGGAUCCAACCGCCGGGACACAUCAUCAUCUCUGCUGCUGGACCAAAGGUCCGGAUGCUGAGGAAGUCCAAGCAGAAGCAGAAGAAGUCCUCUAGGGACGGGCGUUCUGAGAGUCCGUCCUCCAGAGACGGAGGACACUGACCGACCUGCCUGAGAAUCAGCAUCCUGCCUUUUACCUUUUGCUGCUACCUGGGAGGCCAUUUUGUUUCUCUGUCAGCCGGCUGUGAGAUCAACUGAGAGACUGAAGGAGGUUUAAAGAGGUCCUGGAUCUCAUUUCCAUCCGGCGGACCGAGCACUGAUCACUUAACGAGUUCACACGGUUAAUAUUCAGCAACUGAACAAAAAAAAAAGGCAUGAAUAACAAGUCAUUUGCAGAUUUAAAAAUAGGAAUUCUGCAUAGAUUAAGAUACAAUUUCUCAGUACGGAUAAGCUUCAGAGUUUGAACAAAAUAAAUCUAUAAAAGUAUUUAACAGAAGUAGAUUUCUGACUGUAUAUGUACAGCAAGUAGCAGUAGACUCAGCGUCAGUUGAUUCAUUGUAAUAACUUUAGUUGUGAAAAAUAAUGUGCAGCUGCAGAGAGAUUAUAACCUCAAUCAUAUUGUCAUGAGAGAAUAUGAAGAAACGGGAGAACUCCUGAAGACCGGCCGUUUCGUUAAGAAGCUGCAACCAAAUUAUGUUUAUACCUAAAGCACAAAUCUCCUUCUUCUUCUUCUUCUUCUUCUUGUUGUUGUUGUUGUUCUUCUAUGAAUCUGAAGCUAAUGAGCACGAAACAAGAAAUCUCUGAAACCACUGAGUGAAACUGGAAAGAGUCAAAGUGAAGAUAAACUGUAAAUCCUGAAACAGAGUUUGUAUUUCAGCUGUAAAUAUUAUGAUUUAUGAACCAAUAGUUCAUCCCCAAGUUUGUUUUGCCACAAAAUAUAAUUGUGUUACGAUAAUAACGUUGCACAAUAUUUAAACUUUAAAGAUUUAAACCUUUUUUGCACAAAAUGUUAACGGUUAACUUUUAAAACUGUGAAAAUCACAACAAAUAAUCUGAAUUAUAGAUUAUAAAACCUGUAGAACCUGCCGUCUGCUUCACAUCUUCUAGAAUCUUUUAGUCCAGCAGGUUUUGUUGCUUCAGGUGGAAACUGAACUUAUCACGCCGAGUUUAGCCGAGCGAGAACAUUUUCAAAAUGUUGUGCCAUCGUUCAAGGACGCUCCGAUAAAUAUCUCUUUUAGCUGGUUAGCAAAACAAAACUCAAUUAACUGUUAUGGGAGAAUAAAAUCUGUAAAUCAGAAGGUAUACGUUACUAAAAUGUGUUGCUUUGACGUCGGGUAGCACCGGCCGCUAGCCAGAUAACUAGCUGCAUUGCUAGCUAAACUAAACUUAACCAGCCAUAUAGCUUGGAGAGCUGGUUAGCUUUUAGCUGGCUAGCUAGUUAGCUACUUAGCUAGUUAGCUUGUUAAGUAGAUCGUCUAAACGAAUCCUAAUUUGUUAUUGAAAAUUGAAAAAGGUCAUUUGCUAGAAGGGGAUGUAAUUAUAUUGAUCACAAUAUUAGUUCCUUUAAAUUAUUCGCAGGUCAAAUUGCUCAAUUUAGGAGAGAUGUGUGAAACAUUUCCACCUGGACUCGGUAUUUAAACGUAAAGUUAAAAUAAAAAAAAAAUAACAAGCAGAGCUACAAAAUGAUCUCGUUUUAAUUGGAUCUUUGAAACUUUGUCCACAUUCCAGAGACGCCGAACGGAAAGAAACUUAAAGGACGGUGAUGAAGUAUUUAAUACUGUAGUAUUUAAUACUGUAGUAUUUCAUCACUGUAGUAUUUAAUACUACAGUAUUUCAUACUGUAGUAUUUCAUCACUAGUAUUUAAUACUGUAGUAUUUAAUACUGUAGUAUUUCAUCACUAGUAUUUAAUACUGUAGUAUUUAAUACUGUAGUAUUACAUCACUGUAGUAUUUAAUACUGUAGUAUUUCAUCGCUGUACUUUGUGUGUAAGAUUUAGGAUUUAUACUUUUUAAACUAACUGAUUUAUUUUGAUGCUAUUUUGGUGCUAAAAUGAUACGUUUCAAUUCUGUGUUUGGAUUCAAAAAGUCGCUCGUUUAAUGCGUUAUGUGGGAGUUCAAUGUGGGAGUUUAAUGUGGGAGUUUAAUGCGUUUAGUGGGAGUUUAAUGCGUUUAGUGGGAGUUUAAUGUGGGAGUUUAAUGUGGGAGUUUAAUGCGUUUAGUGGGAGUUUAAUGUGGGAGUUUAAUGCGUUUAGUGGGAGUUUAAUGUGGGAGUUUAAUACGUUAUGUGGGAGUUUAAUACGUUAUGUGGGAGUUUAAUGCGUUUAGUGGGAGUUUAAUGCGUUAUGUGGGAGUUUAAUACGUUAUGUGGGAGUUUAAUGCGUUUAGUGGGAGUUUAAUGCGUUAUGUGGGAGUUUAAUACGUUAUGUGGGAGUUUAAUGUGGGAGUUUAAUGCGUUAUGUGGGAGUUUAAUGCGUUUAGUGGGAGUUUAAUGCAUUUAAUGCGUUUAGUGGGAGUUUAAUGUGGGAGUUUAAUAUGUUUAGUGGGAGUUUAAUGUGGGAGUUUAAUGCGUUUAGUGGGAGUUUAAUGUGGGAGUUUAAUGCGUUAUGUGGGAGUUUAAUGCGUUAUGUGGGAGUUUAAUGUGGGAGUUUAAUGCGUUUAGUGGGAGUUUAAUGUGGGAGUUUAAUACGUUUAGUGGGAGUUUAAUGUGGGAGUUUAAUGCGUUAUGUGGGAGUUUAAUGUGGGAGUUUAAUACGUUUAGUGGGAGUUUAAUGUGGGAGUUUAAUGCGUUUAGUGGGAGUUUAAUGCGUUAUGUGGGAGUUUAAUGCGUUAUGUGGGAGUUUAAUGUGGGAGUUUAAUGCGUUUAGUGGGAGUUUAAUGCGUUAUGUGGGAGUUUAAUGCGUUAUGUGGGAGUUUAAUGUGGGAGUUUAAUACGUUUAGUGGGAGUUUAAUGUGGGAGUUUAAUGCACAUUUAAUUUUUGAGAUCAGCAGCGACUUCUCAUUGGCUGUGGGCUGAAACUGAGCUUCAUCAGUAGUCAAGGUUACCGUGUGUAGCUGUGAGUAGUUUAUACUGUGUUUUAGUACAUGAAGUACUGUAGUUCUGUUGUGUUUACAGCAUUUUAAAGAACUGGUUUAUACGUUUAAAUGGUUAAAACUUCACGAUCUCAUCGUCUUCUAAUUAUUCUAGAUUAUUGUUUUGAUUUACUGCUCAAGAGUCAUUGAUUUCAAUUUAAAACAAAACUUCUCUUUGAUUUGAUUUUGAUCUAAAAAUCUUUCUUUUGUGUUUUACUCUAAAUUGUUCUACUAAAUUCGAGCAGCAUUUAAAUGUGAAUUAACAUCAGAGAUAUUACCGGAAACUGUCAAAUCUCAGUGUCCUUGAAUGCACCACUUGUUUGUCCACAAAGGUUAUUUUCCCAAAAGUCCUGAAAGAUAUAAAAAUAACAUUCUAUUGAAACGGAGAUAUUCAGAAUAAGUUUCAGACCGCGUCGGGUGGAGCACAAUAUCGAAGCAAAUCUCUGGAGAUGUGCGUUUGUAUUGAAAGUUUCUCCAUCGAUGACGUGAGGAACUUUUUAUGUGCUAUUUUUUUCAUCUUCUCUGCGUCCGUCGUAGCAUUAGACCCACCUGUCGUCAUUAGGCCCCGCCCCCUGAGAGCAGGCCAGGUGGAGGUUUGUCCUGAGGAGGUUUGUUGUAUAAGUGAUGUGUCCUUCAGGAGGAGGUGUGUCCUUCAGGAGGAGGUGUGUCCUUCAGGAGGAGGUGUGUCCUUCAGGAGGAGGUGUGUUCUCCAGGGGGAGGUGUGUCCUUCAGGAGGAUGUGUGUUCUUCAGGAGGAGGUGUGUCCUUCAGGAGGAGGUGUGUCCUUCAGGAGGAGGUGUGUUCUCCAGGGGGAUGUGUGUCCUUCAGGAGGAUGUGUGUCCUUCAGGAGGAUGUGUGUUCUCCAGGGGGAGGUGUGUCCAGGAGGAGGUGUGUUCUCCAGGGGGAGGUGUGUCCUUCAGGAGGAGGUGUGUUCUCGAGGAGGAGGUGUGUCCUUCAGGAAGAUGUGUGUUCUCCAGGAGGAGGUGUGUCCUUCAGGAGGAGAUGCGUGUUCUCCAGGAGGAUGUGUGUUCUCCAGGAGGAGGUGUGUCCUUCAGGAGGAGGUGUGUUCUCCAGGAGGAGGUGUGUUCUCCAGGGGGAGGUGUGUCCUUCAGGAGGAGGUGUGUCCUUCAGGAAGAUGUGUGUUCUCGAGGAGGAGGUGUGUCCUUCAGGAAGAUGUGUGUUCUCCAGGAGGAGGUGUGUCCUUCAGGAGGAGAUGCGUGUUCUCCAGGAGGAUGUGUGUUCUCCAGGAGGAGGUGUGUCCUUCAGGAGGAGGUGUGUUCUCCAGGGGGAGGUGUGUCCUUCAGGAGGAGGUGUGUUCUCCAGGGGGAGGUGUGUCCUUCAGGAGGAGGUGUGUUCUCGAGGAGGAGGUGUGUCCUUCAGGAAGAUGUGUGUUCUCCAGGAGGAGGUGUGUCCUUCAGGAGGAGAUGCGUGUUCUCCAGGAGGAUGUGUGUUCUCCAGGAGGAUGUGUGUCCUCCAGGAGGAUGUGUGUCCUCCAGGGGGAGGUGUGUCCUUCAGAAGGAGGUGUGUCCUUCAGGAGGAGGUGUGUUCUCCAGGGGGAGGUGUGUCCUUCAGGAGGAGGUGUGUUCUCGAGGAGGAGGUGUGUCCUUCAGGAAGAUGUGUGUUCUCCAGGAGGAGGUGUGUCCUUCAGGAGGAGAUGCGUGUUCUCCAGGAGGAGGUGUGUCCUUCAGGAGGAGAUGCGUGUUCUCCAGGAGGAUGUGUGUUCUCCAGGAGGAGGUGUGUUCUCCAGGAGGAGGCCUGUUCUCCAGGUUUGUUCUCCUGGUGGAGGUUUGUUCUCCAGGUUUGUUCUCCUGGUGGAGGUUUGUUCUCCAGGUUUGUUCUCCUGGUGGAGGUUUGUUCUCCAGGUUUGUUCUCCAGGUGGAGAUUUGUUCUCCAGGUUUGUUCUCCAGGUUUGUUCUCCAGGUGGAGGUUUGUUCUCCAGGUGGAGGUUUUUGCGUAGUGCCUCAUCAACACCGUCAGUGCUCUAAUUUUUUCCCGUGCCUCCAGAUUUCUUUCUUUAGUUUUUUAUUUGCUGUAAAGUUUAAAAACGUUUUCUUAAGUAUAUGAAAUGUAUAUUUUUGUUAAGUUUGACCUGUAAAGUUGCACUAACUGUUAGAUUUAACGUUCAGGUUAUUAUGAAUGUUGUCACAAAUAAAGCUGAGUGUGUAGUACACACAUGUAGUACACAUAUAUAUGUACAUGUUAAAAGUACUGACGUGUUUAAUCAGAAUAAACUAAAGAGACAUGAGAAUA